UCCAUCUUCCCUUCCCAGUUACAGUGGGUUGAAGGUGUGACCGCAGGGCGUCGUCACUACAGUUGAUUGGUGAUUUGCGGCUGCGUCCGCAUGGCAACCGCGAGCUGUGUACAAGAAAGAAGGUAGAAGGGACCUUUCUGUUUGACGCUGACCGGGAUAUCCACACCGACAGCGCUUUCCCGUCCUCUUAUUCGUGGAUACUGAUACAUUUUGGAGACUGCAGACGGAUAGGAGCGACUUUAAUGCGGCGUGUUGUUGUCGCAGACUGACAGCCAGCUGUACGCUGCCACCAUAGACCUGUAAUCAUGACGGCAGACGAGACGAUCAGCAUCAAGGAGGCAGAGGUGAUCAAGGUGAUGCUGGACUUCCUGAACUCCAGGAAGCUGCACAUCAGCAUGCUAGCCUUGGAGAAGGAGAGCGGAGUCAUUAAUGGACUCUACUCUGACGACAUGCUCUUCCUCAGGCAACUCAUUCUUGACGGCCAGUGGGAGGAGGUGAUGCAGUUCAUUCAACCUCUAGAAGGAAUGGAGAAGUUUGACAAGAAGAGGUUCCGCUACAUCAUCUUGAAGCAGAAGUUUCUGGAAGCUCUAUGUGUAAAUAAUGCCAUGUCUGCUGCUGAAGACCCUCAGAAUCUGGAGCUCUCCAUGCAAGGGGCAGUCAAGUGCCUCAACAGUCUGGAGGAGUUCUGUCCAACCAAGGAUGACUACAGCAAGCUGUGUCUCCUCCUCACCCUGCCACGUCUCACCCACCACGCAGAGUUCAAAGACUGGAACCCGAGCACGGCACGUGUCCACUGUUUCGAGGAAGCCUGUGCUAUGGUAGCUGAGUUUAUCCCUGCAGACAGGAAGCUGAGCGAGGCUGGGUUCAGGGCGAGCGGGAACCGCCUCUUCCAGCUGCUCAUUAAAGGGAUUCUUUACGAAUGCUGUGUUGAAUUCUGUCAGAGUAAAGCAACUGGUGAGGAGAUCACAGAGGGUGAGGUGUUGCUCGGUGUGGAUUUGCUUUGCGGGAAUGGCUGUGAUGAACUGGACUUGUCACUGCUGUCCUGGCUGCAGAACGUCUCUCCAGGUGCCUUUUCCUGCGCCUUCCAGCAAAAGACCCUUAACAUUCAUGUGGACCGUCUGGUGAAGCCCAGCAAGGCUGGCCACGCCGACCUCCUCACUCCAUUAAUCAACCGCUUGUCACCCUGCCCUGCCUCACCCUUUCGCCAGAGGCCACAUUCAGCGGACACCUACAUGUCCAGAUCUCUCAACCCGGCGUUGGACGGCCUGUCCCACGGUCUGGCAGCCCAGGACAAGAGAGGCAUGGAAGUGAACAUAAAGUCUGCCCUCAGUCGGAGCCUUGUGGAGAACAAUGUGCAUCAACAGGAUGAUUCACCUGAAAAGAAGCAACCACAUGGGUUGGAUGGACCCCACACCACACGCACACCUCUGACUCCUGGAAAAGAUGGUGGGCCACCCUGCAGCGCAGAACCAAAUGAGCAUCCUGACUCCACAGAGCACAUCCAGGAGUAUUACAGGCAGCGUCUCCGCGUGCAGCAGCAUCUGGAGCAGAAGAAGCAGCAGAGACAGCUCUACCAGCAGAUGCUGCUGGAGGGAGGGGUGAAGCCGCCAAACGGAGCCCAAAACAACCUCACAGAGACCUUCCUCAGUAGGUCCAUUCAGAAGUUGGAGGAGAUGAACAUGGGCAUUGGAGAUGAGGUGAUGACACAGUGGAACGGACUGACAGGGAACGCCAGCACAUCCAGUCCCAGAACCACUGACACCCGCCACAACCCAGACACCGGGCCGCCAAGGGACAAGCCAGGUGGAGGGGUCAGUAGCACCCCAUCAGGGGCCGGGAGCCACGGCUUGCCUUCCCUCAUCGAGUCCCCAGUCCCUGCCAGUCAGAGUGCUGAGAGGAUCAGAGGGUCUUGUCCCACAGUCCAAGAUGAUUCUGGCUGCUCUGCGACACGUAACUCUCAAGAGCCGGGGAAGUCCAAAGCACAGUUUGUUAAAGUGAACCAGCUCGAGGACACACAGGCGGUGCGUGCAGUAGCCUUCCAUCCCUCUGGAGCACUCUAUGCUGUCGGAUCCAACUCCAAAACCCUGAGAGUCUGUGGCUACCCAGAAGCCCUGACCACCAGUGGUUCUGGUGCAGUCAAGCAGCCGGCGGUGCGCUUCAGGAGGAACAAACACCACAAGGGCUCAAUCUACUGUGUAGCCUGGAGCCACUGUGGACAACUGUUGGCUACUGGCUCCAAUGAUAAAUAUGUCAAAGUCUUGCCUUUCAAUGCAGACAGCUGCAAUGCCACAGGCCCAGACCUGGAGUUCAGCAUGCAUGAUGGUACCAUCAGAGACCUGGCCUUCAUGGAGGGCCCUGAGAGUGGAGGAUCCAUCUUGAUCAGUGCCGGGGCCGGAGACUGCAACAUCUACACAACAGACUGUCAGAGAGGACAAGGCCUUCACGCCCUGAGCGGACACACUGGUCACAUUCUGACUCUGUACACGUGGGGAGGGUGGAUGAUCGCCUCUGGUUCCCAGGAUAAGACCGUGCGGUUCUGGGACCUGCGGGUGCCAAGCUGCGUCCGGGUGGUGGGCACAACUCUGCACGGCUCUGGAAGUGCAGUUGCUUCGGUGGCAGUGGAUCCCAGCGGCCGCCUGCUGGCCACGGGUCAGGAGGACAGUACCUGCAUGUUGUAUGACAUCAAAGGAGGCCGCAUAGUCCAGACGUACCGGCCCCACAGCAGUGACAUCCGCUCGGUGCGCUUCUCACCUGGAGCCCAUCAUCUCCUCACCGGCUCUUAUGACAACAAAAUCAUCAUCAGUGACCUGCAAGGCGACCUAACAAAGCCCCUCCCUCAGACGGUGGCAGGGGAGCACUGGGACAAGGUGAUCCAGUGUAGGUGGCACCCCAAUGACCGGACCUUCAUCUCCUCCUCUGCAGAUCGGACUGUCGUCCUGUGGGCACCGGGCCCCUGAGCUAUUCACUGGAGAAACAGGAAGCAGCAGGAAACAAGAACAACACAGGGGCCGCACAUCCCUUGUUUGUGUGUUUGUGUGUGUGUGUGUGUGUGUGUGUGUGUGUGUGC